AAUGAGAAGUAUAGGAACCCGCCAAAAGUGAUGAAAAUUCAUUAACCAUUGAUAUCAGCUUCGCAACGAUCAAGCAGACGCGGCAAUAGUGAUUAAAUAAUAAAUAGAUCAAAUAAUAAUAAUUUAUUACCUGUGGAAGCCUUUUCGAGUAUGCAUUUUAUUCGAAAGAUGUAGAGCAGAUUGUUCAAGACGAAUGUCCACAGUAUCUAUGAAAUGACAGUGUAACUGAAAUGAUUGAUAACAAUGACGUCAACGAAGAAUUAAUUGAUAAUAUCAGAACAAUAUACCUACGAUUUGAUAAUGCAAAUAGAUAAUUGUAAAUUCGACGGAUAGAGGCAAAAUCUUGCUGACGAUUUUGAAAAUUCGAUUAAAUAUGUUUGAUUUCGAAUGACGAAUUGUCGAAAGAUGAAUAAUCGUGACGAAAUUAGAAAGAUGCGACGGAAAAAUAACGUUAUCUGAAACAAUACAAUGUUAGAUCAAACUUUGAUAACACGCGGGAUGUCGAUCCCACCACUACGUGUGUAUACAGCUGUUGAAGCGUAAUGCGAUAUGUACGUCGGUUUGGCGCGCUCGAACAUUUUUCAUUGUAUCUUGUCCUUUCGAAUGUUAUUCGAGUUUGAUUAAACCUUGAAUAUCGUGUAAGGGAGACCGGUUUAAACAUACGAUAACGAAAGUUAUUUAUUGAUGCAAUAUCGUGGUCAAUACGGUUGCCGAGGAAUACACCGGACAUCGAAACGCGUAACUUUAAUUAAUCAAUUGUUCAAAUAUGGAGUCGUUCUUGGAACUGUUUGAUCCAGGCAACCACAGGAACACGCGAAAGGAAACAUGGAACGACUCCGAGAAUGAAGGAAAUGGAACGUCGGAUUGCGAGAAUUCCAGCACGGACGAUGAUCAGGAGGAAAGACUGCCACCGGAGCCGGAACAAGGCAACAUCGAAUAUAAACUGAAAUUAAUCAAUCCAUCUAGUCAACGGUUCGAGCAUCUAGUAACUCAGAUGAAAUGGAGGCUUAGGGAGGGUCACGGAGAGGCUAUUUAUCAAAUUGGCGUGGAAGAUAACGGCAGGCUAACGGGCCUGACAAGAGACGAUAUGAAAGCAUCCUUGAAGACUUUAAAUGACAUGGCAGCCAGACUAGGUGCUACGACAACUAUAUUACGCGAAAGACUUGCCAAUUCUAAAAAUAAAGAUAUAUCCGCGCACGCUAACAACAAGGAGGAAAGGCGAGUGGCAGAAAUUUUGGUAAAAAAAUUACGGAAAGGCGACGGAGAUGAUCGGGAUAGUAUCGUUGAUCUGAGACUUGCCGUGACUGGUGCACAGGAUGCUGGGAAGUCAACUCUCUUAGGUGUACUGACGCAGGGUGAAUUGGAUAAUGGGAGAGGAAGAGCAAGGCUGAAUAUGCUGCGGCAUCUUCACGAAAUAAAAACCGGUCGUACCUCGUCGAUUUCCCACGAAAUCAUAGGGUUCGACAACGAAGGGCACGUGCUGAAUUACGCGGAAAUGGCAACUGCCGAGGAGAUAUGCGAGCACGCUUCGAAAGUGGUGACGUUUAUAGAUCUCGCGGGGCAUCGUAAAUAUUUAAGGACAACGGUUCUAGGUCUCACCGGAUAUUCACCUCACCACGUUAUGCUAGUCGUAGCACCGCCAAUCAACGAAGCGUCGCAGGAGCACAUGGCUCUCUGCCUCACCCUAGGACUUCCAAUCUUCAUAGUUGUAAACAAAAUAGACCUGGGUCUCUGCAACAUCGCGGAAACUCUAACUCAAUUAGAGAACGCGAUCAGCGCACAAGGUUACUCGAAACAGCUGCUAAUGUACAACGACGGCCACAUACCCUGGAACUACGAAUCGGACGUGAUACCAGUGUUUAAUGUCAGUUGCGUCACUGGGGAGGGUCUGGAGCAUCUGACGAACUUUAUUAAAAAUCUGUCUCCGCACGACGUGAACUCCACGGAUUCCGAAUCAGACUCCUGUCUAUUUCAAAUCGACGAAACGUUCAGGGUAGCAGGUUUAAACGAACCUGUCUUAGGCGGAUUGCUCGUAAAAGGAGCGAUCGCGCCCGGCACUCGAUUACUGGUAGGACCACUGCCGGAUGGGGAGUUCAGUCCUGUCAAGGUCGUCAGCCUUCAUCGCAAUAAGGCACCUUGUUGCCUGGUAAGGGCAUCUCAAAGCGCAAGUCUAACGCUAGCACCACCUAACAAUCGCAGUCCUCCCCUACCGCACCUGCGACCAGGGAUGGUUCUCGUUUCACUAUGGGACCAACCGCAUGCGACACUCUUUUUCCAAGCGACGGUAUUAAUAGUGUAUCACGCGACAGCAAUAUUUUCUGGUUUCCAAACGACAGUGCACAUUGGGAACGUGAGGCAGACCUGCAUCAUUAAGGGAAUAAUGGACGCGAAGGACAGAGGUCUGCAGACCAACGACAAAGCCUCCGUGCUGUUUAGGUUCGUCAGCCAUCCGGAAUAUCUGCAUGUUGGUAUGCGACUAUUGCUGAGGGAGGGUCGCACCAAAGGUAUCGGCAAGAUCACACAGAUAUUUCCGUUGAUAGGUCAACAGAACAGUAUUCAGUAAGUCGAAACGAAAUUUCUCGCGUGUAAAAAGUAUUAAAUGUUAUAGAUUGAUUACAAAGAUAUAAAGGCGUUCGGCUAUUUUAAAGUGAUAUGCGAUUAGAGAGUACGCGUUUAACGUAAGUAUCGUGAAAUUAUGUGUGAUCUCUUUGGAACAAUGUUUGUACGUGAACACUUCGCUGCGGUAUUGUGAACGACGUGUAAAAUGUAGUUUCUAUAUUAUGGAGUUGGAACCAGACUCGGACAUCGCACAAAUAUAUUUGGAAAAUAAAAAGAUUUCAAUAAUAAUAUAUUCGACGGGACGUUGUCUUGUGCUAUGAAAAUGAUUUUUCCAUGUAGCUCCACUGUGAAAUGAAAUGAAGGUUGCUUUCUCUGUGCGAUUUUUAAGAUACAAAUGAUUUGAAAUAAUCGAUCACAUUUCACACUAUAAUAAUAAUUAUUAUUAUUCUUUUUAUUCCAAACAAGAUGCGCCCAUGUCUGGUACAUACUGUGCACACACGGUUCUGUUUCGUUUAUUUUAUCUGGAGCAUUUGCGAUCGUUCAGGAUAAUAACACCGCGAAGAAAGAAAACUUAUACAAUAUAACCGAGAGGAAUAGAGCGCAACAAAUACCUUCUGUUCCAAGUAUGAAACAAAGAUUCUAUUCGCGAGAGAAGUUUACGGCUAUCAUUGUUUCGUGUUACGAAAUAAAUUAUUGUCUCGAUAUCGUGAUGUUUUGCGUAUGACGCCCUAAACGUAUUGAACACACAGUCGUAAUAAUAUAAAGUCUCUAAAAAAGGAGAAAAGAAAAGAAAUAUCAUUGAAUAUAUUACGCGCGAAAGAGGAGAAGAUUUUAAGCUAUUGAAACUUGAAAUACACAGAACGAAUAUUUUUCAUAAUCGAUUACUAUCGUAGGCUGUGUUGGGCAUCGAGUAGACGACGAGUUUUCAGUUCGCAAAAUUAACCGAGCCCGACGCGGGGAUUCUGUGUAUUGCAAAAAAAGCUGUUGUUUCUUAUAGUCAGGGUUACUUAAUUACGAGACGGUUGUACUUAUGCUGCGUACGAAACGAAACUGCGUGAUAUACUUUUGUUUCAAUGAUUUAUGCGGCUACGUGUGAUCCAGCGAAAGUUUAUGUACAUGAAAAAGUUUCUCUUCUAUAUAAAAAUCGUUAUACAGCCGUCCGAACAAAGAUCUUCGAUUUAUUUCUGUUGCAUCGGAUUAUUACAGUCUUUGUAUUAUAACUUGUAAAAUAUCCUUGAAUAAAAGAACGAAAUUUACAUAUCUAAA